UUUCUCUCUGUCUCUCUCUCACUCCCACUCCCACUCCCGAUUCGUAGGCCCUCCACGGCCCAUGGCUGCGCCCCUCCACGACCUCUCUCUCUCUCUCUCUCUCACUCCCACUUCCGAUCUGAUGGAUUCACACUUAUUGGAUGAUCCCUUUUUCACCACACUCUUGCAAAGUGGUGGAGAAGGUAUUAAUAAUCCCCCCAUGGCUAGUGUCUUGCAUGAUAAUGUUGAGGCCGACGUUGAAGUGACACAACCCGAAGGGGAUGUAAGGGUACGAACUAAACUAUUCCAACGGGGUGUGUCCUUCACCGUGGAGGAAGACAACCUCAUUGUAUUAGGGUGGCUCAACAUUAGCAUAGAUACUAUUAGGGAGACUGAUCAAAAGUCCACCCAAUUGUGGAUAAGAAUCCAUGAGUACUUCAAUACUUAUAAAAAACCUAAUUGGCCUGAACGUUCUGUGGGGUUGUUGACUACUCGAUGGUCAACCAUCCAAAAAGCCACAAACAAAUUUUGUGGUUGCUUGGCCCAAGUCGAAUCAAUACAUCCAAGCGGUACUAAUGAACAAGACAAGAUUGAGAAGGCAAAGUUAAUGUACCGAUCGACACAAAAGGGCAACUAUAAUUUGGACCAUUGUUGGAACCUAUUGAGGCACCAACCAAAGUGGCAAGUGCAUAUGGAUAAUUUGCCAACAAAGAGAAAGAAAGGCUGCUCUACCGUUACAGCUACUAAUGCCACGGAUGUAGAGGUUUGUGAGAGCAUGUCUAUCAAUUUGGAGAGGCCACUAGGCAAGAAAGCUGAAAAAGAAAGGGAAACAAAAAGGAACCGUAAAGAAUCUUCACCUGUUGACUUUGAUGAAAGGUUUGAUGCAAGGUUAAGCCACAUGGAAAGUGAUAGGAAGAUAACGAUGAUUGAGCGACGGGAGGCGGUAAGUCGGGCUGAUAGGGACAGGACUGAGAUUAUAGAACUUAAGAAGAAGAUGGAGAUGGAAAUUAUGAGUAUGAAUGUUGAUAACAUGAAUGCGGUGCAGCGAGAAUACUUCAAGUCACUUCAAAUGGAAAUCAUAGAGAAACGUAGGAAUGAAUUGAAUCAAAUGUAGUUGCUAGAGGAGGGAGAAGUGAAUCAAAGAGUUGUUGCUUGUGCACACCUGGUACUACUCAUUUUGGAUUUUGCUACUGAGUUUUAUUGAAUACUCGUAACAGUUACGUGGAUAGAUUUUGUAACUCAUCAUGUGGAUUUUUUUGGAACUUCAUGACAGAUGUAUAUUUUUUGGGUUUAGCAUAGCAAAUGUAUGUAACAACUCAUGUGGAAGGAGUUGCUUUUUUUUGUAACUGCUGUUACUCUGGGGGUUUCUUUUUGUGUUGCUGUACAUGGUAUGUUGUUAAAUCGAGUACAUAGAUCAGCUGUGAUUUUCGCAUCAAAGGAAGUACUUGAAUUUAUU